AUGAAUAAAUAGAAAGAAGUUAGUAUGCCUGCCAGCAUUAAUGAAGAAACGGAUAUUUUCUUGAACUAUCUAGAGAAGCGCAAGAGAAAUUUGAAAAAAAAGCUUAAUGAGAUAGGAGAAUUAAAGUAGAAAGAUAAUUUAAAUUAAGAAUAAAGUGAAAAGGUGAAUUAAGAAGAGAAUGUUUAACAGGAAAUUGAUCAGCUAGCUAAGAUGAGAGAUCAUUACAUUAUUUCUCACUAAAAAGCUCAAAAUUAAAACACUGAAAUGAUUUGUUCUAAAAGUUCAGAAAAUUUAUUAUCUGUUUCUCUUCGCAAUUAAAAGAAGGAGAUUUUUGAAUUUAUUUCUGAUACUCUUUUUUAUUCAAGACUAGCUUACCAAAAUCGCAUUGAAUCAGAGUAUUUAGCAAAUCUAUUCAGGGAGCAUUUUUUGGGAGAAAAAAAGAUCCUAGAAGAGACAACAUACGGCUAAGAAAAGUAGCUCAUGGAAUAGCAAUUAAAAGAAAUAUUUGAUUAAGAUUCCUAAUUUAGAUAAGAGCUAAAAAAAAUUGACCGAUAGAUACUGAAAGAGAGGAUUUAACCUUAAAUAUUAGAAUUGGAUGAAGACUUCGAAGAUGAUAACAAAGAUAAUUCAUCAAAUGUAAUCAGAGACGAUCAAGAUGAAGAAGAAAAAGAAUAAGUUGGUUCUAUGGAUGAAGCUUUAAAAUAGCAUCCAACUUUUUACCAGAUGCAUUCCUAGAAUUACGACGGAGACAGUGAAAAAUCUCACACUGAAAACGAGUUAAAUAUUAAAGUAAAGCAAGGUUGUGAAUAAUAGUAAAGCUAAGAAUCCAUUUAGUUGAUAAGCAAUAACACUCAAUCUUAACAAAGCAAGAAUUAGUCAGGCAAUAGAAAUUACUAUGGAAACAACUACAAUGGAAAAUAUUUCAGAAGAUAUAAAUAAAACAGAUAUAGAGAGGAGAGAUUUGCUUAUGUAAGAAGAAAUAAAAAUGCAACCAGCAAUAAUCCAAGUGAAGUAUCAAAUAAAGAUCCCAAAGUCUUGAACAAUAAUGAAUAUGAGAGUGAUGUUCCUUUCUAAAACUAAAAAUAAAAUAGUGGAGAGGAAAAAUAUUUUAGCCAUCACCACCACAUUAACACAAACGAUCAUGUUAGCUGUGAAGAUAAUAACAUCAAAAGUAACCACUCCGAUAACUAACUCCAUAGUAAAAACCAUAGCUCAUAAAAUGCAAACAGCAGUAACAAUAACCUGAACUAUAAUAGCAACACAAGUUUUAAUUAGCACAACGAUUCGUUUUAGUAAAAUAACACUAAGCACUAUAAUAAAAAGCCUUACAACUCUAAUAACAGAAGACAAAAUCCAUAUCGUAAAAACAAUGACUACGACACCGACAGAGAAAAGGAGUAAAAAGAUGGGUAUGGAUAUUAUAAGAAAUGA